AUCGAAAUUUGAAAUGCUCAAUAAAAUUAUCAUCCAAAAGUAAUCGCUUCCCAUGUCGUGUAGUCUCCAGCUGUUUCAAUCUGUCCAUUUUGGUGGAAUUUACAGUUCAUUUGAGAUCGUUAGUGCAGAAAGCAAUGAUCUGGGUGGUGACCAAGGUGAGGUUUUAGGCUUGGAUUUGGAGUCUCUGAAGAUUUUGCUGAAGCGGGGAGUCUUUAUUGGGGCAAUGCUUUAUUGUCUUUUGGUUUUCGCGUGCAAGAGAGUGCUUGCGGUGGAGGGAGUGGUGAAUGUAGGGUACGGAGUGAUUGAGCAGUGGGCAUUGUUGUUGAGGAGUGCGUGGCCUAAGGUUUCUAUGGUUCUUAAGGUGUGAUUUUGACUGCACUUUUAGGUCUAUCUGCAUUCUUCUCAAUGGCAGAGCCUUCUAUAACUACACUCUGGCCAUGGAAGGUUUGCGUUCUUGGUUUGAAGAUUGAUAGCUCUUAUAAUUAGUGAAUAGCAAUUGAAAUCUGAGUUUUAGUAUGGAAACAUCAACAAAGUUGAAAAAAAUAAAUAUAUGAAGUUGAAGAACAUUCCUAGUUAUUGAUUGUUAGUGUUUCACUAAUUUUGUGUUAUGGUUUAGAUAAAUAUAUGAAGUUGAAGAACAUUCCUAGUUAUUGAUUGUUAGUGUUUCACUAAUUUUGUGUUAUGGUUUAGAUAAAUAUAUGAAGUUUGUGCCUUGUCUGCCUCUUUUUGUGCUCGUAUGUAACUCAUUGUGAAUUUGUAGUAAAUUAGAGUAAAAGGCUUAAAUUUGUUUCAAAGUUUUAGAGUUCCUGAGUUGUAGAGUUCGUUGUUACAAAGUUUUGUACUUCCUUUGUAAACAAUAAAGGAAGAAUGAAUAAGAAAUCAUGUUGGGUAACUCUAAUAGACUGCAGAACGAUCA